AUGCUUGCGCACAAAAAUGAUAUAACGAAAUACUGCGGCAAAGCCUUCACUGAUAAAACCGAGGAUAACGAUGAAUCAAAUGAUGAAGACGAAAACAAUGACGAAGCAGGGGAUAACACAGUCAUCGACCGUGAUAUGGGCGGUCGAGUGAUCGAAUGUUUACGUGCAUCGUAUGCGAACACAGUGAUUCAAUUAGAACCGCAAUGUCGAACAGAGUUAAUUGAUAUUAUUCAAACAUCAAAAGUUGACGUUCAAAUCGAUGUGCAACUCUAUCAAGCAUGCAAGGAUAUCAUUCGGAAUCGUUGUGCAGGCUCCGAAAAGGAAGAUUGUUUGAAAAUCGAAUAUCAAAAGAAAGCUAUUUCGGAUAAAGCAUGUAUAGCUCAAAUUACGCGUAUAAUUAAAGAAGGCAAAGCAGAUAUACAUGUGGAUCCGGUUCUCUUCGUUUCUUGUCAAGCUGAUGUUGCCAAAUUUUGUAGUGAUAUUCCAAUAGGAAGUGGUAAAUUAUUACAAUGCCUUUUGAAAAAGCAGAAAUCGGUAACGAAACAAUGCAAAGAAACAUUAAAGAAACGACAGGAGUUAUGGGAAACGGUUUCUGAUGUGGAAGAUUUCAAUGAUUUGACUCAUCAUAUCAUCAACUCAAAAAAUAAUCGAUAUUUGUAUACAAUAAUUUCAGUAGGAUUAAUAAUUAUAUUUCUGGCUGGAUGUAUUUGUCGCCCAUGUGUUCGAUGUCGUCGUGGAAAUCGGUAUAAACAAGUAAAAUCAUGA